AUGAUUGAAUCUGCACGCUUGAUCUACAUUACAACUCAUCAGAAAGCGUUGCGUUGUGAAGCUUAUCAGGGGUUGAGCAAUGCGUUGACAAGAGGAGAAUUAGACCCCACAGCUCGGGGUAGAGCUAGGUGUAUGAUUCCGAACUAUCAAGAUGCAAUGGCAAUAUGUAAGCACAUCGGUUAUCCAUACAUAUUCAUUACAUUCACCAGCAACCCAAAGUGGCAUGAGACUGAGCGGUAUGUUGCACACCGUGGCCUUAAAGCAGAGGAUAGACCUGACAUCAUUUGUCGUGUGUUUAAAAUGAAGCUUGAUGUGAUGAUUGAAGACAUCAAAACAGACAAGUUGUUUGGCAAGAUAUUUGGAGGACUCGCCCACGCGCAUAUCUUGCUAUUUGCCAAAAUAAUGAAUAGGGCAAAUUCUGCGAACGAAAUUGACGCCCUGAUCUCAGCUGAAAUACCAUACCCAGAUUUUGAUGUUGAAUACCAUGACGCAGUCAGCGAAUUCAUGUUGCACGGACCAUGCAGAGAGCUCCAGAAGAAUUCGCCGUGCACGGUAGAUGUUGGAAAGCUGAAGGAGCAAGCGUUCCAAGAAGUAAUAUUUCAGUGGAGAAUCAAAGCUGAGGUGGAGAAAACCACUGCUCGGCUAGCCAACAUGAAAGGCUACGUUGAGGAUUCAGGCAAGGGGAAACAAGACACCAAGGUAGCAGAGAGUUGGGCGACUCAACUGAGGGAUACCGCAUUUGAACUUGAGGACUUGGUGGAGGAAUUCAUGUUGGAUUCCAAGCUUCUGGAACUCAAUACUCCUCCCUGCAAUUUUUGUCAAGUCAACUCCCUCUUUGCCAACGUGCAGAGCUUUGCCAAGAGGGUGAAGAUACAGUUUUGCUUCCAUCAGCAGUUAAAAGCCAUGGAUGAGAAGCUACUUGUUCUAGAAGCAGACAAAUCAAAGUACGGUAUAAAACUCAAAGCAAAUGACGGAAGAAAUGAGUUACUGAUGGGCAGUGGGAGUGGAUAUAUGGAGGGGAUAGAAGCAGUGGGGAUCGACAUGGAAGUCAACCGGAUAGCACAACUGAUUGAGAAGCGUAGUGGUGAAGUGAAGUUGAUCACGAUUUGGGGAGCUGGAGGUUGUGGGAAAACUACUUUGGCCAAGCAAGUUCAUGAAAGAGUCAUGAAGGAUCUCAUGGCCACCAAUAUUGAUUAUUGUUGGUGGGUUGAUGUGAACCACUCCUCAGAUAUUGAAUAUGUUCUGAGGACAACAAUCAAUGGGGUGUAUAAAAGUGUUGGAACCAAGCCUCCUGCUGAACUCGAGAAAGCAGAUACAAAUUCUCUUCAACAACAUAUUCUUGAUUACUUGGGGAGAAAGAGGUAUGUUGUAUUUUUUGAUGAUGUUUGGGAUCAUGAUCUCUUGGCUAACAUAAAACUUCCAGGCAACCGUGCAUCUUCAAUUAUCGUCACUAGCCGUUAUGAAGAUAUAGCCAAUGGGUCUUUUCUUGGGGCUUCACCUCAUUAUGUUGAGGUGAAGCCAUUAGAAUUUGAUUUGGCAUGCACCCUUUUCUGCAAAUUGGCUUUUUAUUCCGACAGCUGGCCUAAUGGGCUUGAAGAACCCGGAAGAGCAUUGGUUGGGAAAUGCACAGGUUUACCUGUUGCAAUUCUUGCAAUGGCUCGGUUGAUGUCCACAAAGGGUGAUGAUCCAUUAAAAUGGAGGGAUGCUCUCAAAACCCUUGACUACUACUCACAUGAAUUUGAAGCAGGUGGCAGUCUAACAUCUCUCAACAGAGCCUUGUUGUUGAGUUAUUAUGAACUGCCAACUCACCUCAAGUCAUGUUUCUUAUACUGUGCAAUGUUCCCCAAAACAUAUGGCAUUCGUGCCAAAAGGUUGAUCCGCAUGUGCAUUGCGGAGGGGUUUAUCAAUGAUGAUCCCCAUAGUGGCAGAACACUAGAGCACAUAGCAAGGGAUUACUUCCUUCAGCUCAAAAAUAGAAGCUUGCUUCAGAUCAUUCCCAAUGAGUACAAUGGUAAGGAGUUGGGAAGAAUUGAAAUGCACGACCUUUACCGUGAGGUGGCGCGUGAGGUGAUUAGAAGGGAAAUGUUUGCUGAAAUCAUCAAAUUGAAGGAAAGUACCAAACUUGAGUGGAAGCAAAGGCGUAGUUUGAUCAUCCUGGAAGUAAUGCAAAAGGUUGAGCUUGACAAUUGCUAUGAAAAUAUGAAGAAGCUACGUACACUCAUCAUCAACCACUGUAAAGGGAUUCCUCUGAAUUCAUUCCCUCAGAUUCUGCAAAACAUGAAGUUGCUAAGAGUUUUGGUGUUGGAAUGGUUACCUGAUGGUAUGGAGGAACUGCCCAAUGAGGUUGGGGAUCUAAUUCAUCUUAGGUACUUAAGGUUGAGUGGUAAUAGGGAUAUGAGACAUCUCCCUAAUUCGUUGGGAAGAUUGCACAAUCUACAGACAUUGGAUUUAAGACAUAUUUGGGUGCGGAGUUUGCCUAAAUGCGUGUCAGAGCUUAAGAAGCUGAGACAUCUCUUUGGAAGUUAUAGAUUACAAGUGCCAGAUAUAGUUUUCACAUUUUCUCAGCUUCAAACAUUAUCUGACAUACUGAUUAAUACCAUCCAAGCAAGAGAAUUAGUAAACAUCCCACAACUCACUAAGUUGAAUAUUAUUUUCAAGGAAGGGGAGGAAUGCUGGAGAGCAAUUUGUGAUUCUGUCAAAAAAAUGACAAAUCUUCACUCUCUAACUAUUCAAAGUGAUGAAUUACAAGAAUUUAUAAAUUUCUCGCCUCCCCUUUCUCUCAAGAAGCUCCAGCUCUUUAGGUUUGGAAAAUUGCUAAAUUUUAUUAGCACUCCUAACUAUCUUCGCGUAAUUUAUAUACGUAUGUGUGAUGUAGAUGAAGAUUUCUUCAAUAGUUUGGAGAAACUGCCAAGCUUGUUGAAUCUCUACAUUGAGAGUUAUAGUGGAGAUCAGUUAUUGUGCAGUGAAGGGAGCUUUCCAAAACUCAAGAAGCUAGAGAUAGUGUGCAGGAAGCUUACCAAGUGGGAAAUAAGAAAAGGAGCUAUGACAUGUCUUGAGUCACUAUCUAUGGAGGAGUGCAAUUGUCUAGAAAUGCUUCCAGCAGGCUUGAGAGAAGUUGAGCAUUUGAAAAAAUUGCAUCUAUUCCGCCCAUCUCAACAACUUGUUCAAAGUAUAAGUGUUGAAGGCUCAGAUCGAUGGAAGAUUGAACAUAUACUAAGAGUUACUAUUCACCGCAAUUAUGGUGAAAAACCUUUUCCAUUAAAAUAA